GAAGCGUUCAAAGCUCCAUAGCAACCAUGGAAAAAUAAACGGCUCUGAAGUUUCGUGCGCAUUAAAUUGUAAUCGGAGCGACCCCGUCUUUUUUUAAAAACUGUUUUAAUGUUUUUAGCUCAGCUGCGGAAGGAGCUGUGACAUGUCAAGAACCAAAAAGGAGGUAAAAGCUGACGGUUUCACCGUCAAGGCCUUAAUGAGGAACUCCGUGGUUGCGAGGCCUCCACCUACAGGGGUGUUUAAGCAGCGGCCGUCCAAACCCACCGCUUUUCGGACUUACUACGAGCGCAGGGAGCUCCCGAUCGCUGUGGACCAUAACAGCAGAGGCAAAAACAUAGCGUGGAAGGUGGACAUCGAGAAACUGGACUACCAAUACUACCUGCCGCUGCUCUUUCAUGGCCUCUGUGAGACCGAGUACCCAUACGAGCUCCUCGCCCGGCAAGGGAUCCACGACAUGCUGGAACGGGGAGGCUCCAAGAUCCUCCCCGUCCUGCCCAAGCUCAUCAUCCCCAUCAGGAAUGCCAUGAACACCAAAAACCACCAGGUGAUGUGCUCCACCCUGAGAAUCCUUCAGUAUCUGGUGAUGUCCGCAGACGACGUCGGGGUGGCUCUGGUGCCUUACUUAAAGCAGAUCCUGCCCGUUUUCAACCUCUUCAAGAACAAGAAGAGAAACCUCGGAGAUGCUAUCGAGAGCCGGCGGGACAGAGAGAGCAUUGGUGAUUUGAUUGAGGAGACUCUGGAGAUACUGGAAAACUACGGCGGCCCGGACGCCUUUAAACAAAUCAAAUCCAUGAUACCCACAUAUAGUCCUGCAUGAAGAUCUGACAGAGUGGGCGCUAUUGGACUGCUGACUUCAGAAAUUGGUUCUAAAGUUCUUGUUCUAAAUAUACGAACAUAUGAAAAAAUACAUUGGUUUAGUGUUAUUUAAGUUGGUUGUGAUUUAUUUACGGCUGUACAUAAAUUCUUGGUAUACACUGAAUUGGCUUUGUAAAGUUUCAGAACAGUCAUGUUAAUUUUAAGAUUGAAUCCCAUUCAAUAGCCCCUACCCAGGGCUGGAUUUAAGAGGAUGUGGGCCCCUGGGCUUUUGGUGUCCUGCCUGUAGAUAUGUUGCCAUCAGUGAGUUUGCAGAAGCUAUUGGCGUUGGAUCACUUGUUGCUGCACCAUCCAUUGAAAAACACCUUUAUAUUUGCUAUUGCAGGAUGCAGUUUACUGAAUUUUUGACUGUAAAAUAAACAUACCCACAAUA